GGAAGGGCUGCCGGGUGGUUGUGGAAUGUGCAACACACAGAAGCGACAGGCCGGAUAUAAAAGCACCACGGAGUAUCUUCACUCUCCUGCGAGCAAAACGAACCGCACUCCCCCCAUCACCAGUUCGCCACCCCCUUUCUAAAAUGACACCAGUUGGCAACUCCCUCCUGACGUCCCUCUACCUCACCUUCGCCCUCCAGUUCCUCUCCUACCUCAUCUCCGCACCCCUCCGCACCGAGAAAUUCUACGACGCGAGCGGCGCCAUCACCUUCGUCACAUGCACCCUUGUCGCACUCCUCUGGCGACGGGAGGCCGGGGACUCCAUCGGGGCUCUGAGCGCGCGGCAGAUUGUCGCCGCGACGUGUGUGUGUGUGUGGACCGUCCGGUUGGGCGGGUUCUUGGCGUGGCGCGCCAGUCGGAUGGAGGAUAAGCGCUUCGACGCAUACAAACACCACCCUGGGAAAUUCAUCAUCGUCUGGGCCAUGCAGGCCGUGUGGGUCUACCUCACCGCCCUCCCCGUCUUCAUCGUCCUCGGCACGCCGGCCGCGGACCAGCCGGCUUUCGCGGCACUCGACGGCGUCGGUACGGUCGUCUAUGCGUACGGGCUGGGGGUGGAGAUCACCGCGGACGUCCAGAAACAGCUGUUUAAGUUGCGCCACCCGAAGGAGUUCGUGAGGGUGGGGAUCUGGAGGUGGUCGAGAUAUGCGAACUACUAUGGGGAGUGUGUGCUCUGGGCCGGGGUUUUUUUGUUGUGUGUUAGGGGGUUCGUGGAGCAGUGGAUGUGGGUGGGGGUUAUCGGGCCCGUGUUUGUUGUAGCGCUUGUGGUGGGGGUCAGUGGGGUGCGGCUGAGUGAGAAGGGGGCGGAGGAGAGGUAUGGGGGUAGGGCAGACUAUCAGGAGUAUAAGGCGACGACGAGCACGUUCUUUUUGUGGCCGCCGAGGAGGGUGGAGAAGGCAGGGGAGGUUCAGCCGGAGCCUGUGUGAACACUUAUCGAGAGCGGGCCUUUGCAGGAGUUGGGUUGAACGGAGCACGUGGUGGAAGAGCAGCCAUGGUUCUUUUUCCUGCGCGCGCGCGGGGUGAAAGGCCAGAACGAAUAGGAGUAUUGUAUGUGAAGGGAGAUGGGGAUG